AUGUUUGAAUUGAUAUGCAAUUCAUCACUUUGGGAUUCCAACCAAACCUGGAAUACAGAAUCACCUAAACUAAGCUCAUGUAUGAUUCAAACAGUAUUUGUAUGGUUACCGGCAUUCAUACUGUGGUUAUGUAUACCGUAUCUGAUAUGGGAUUGUAUUAAAUCACAGAAAAAAUCAAUUCAAUGGAAUUAUUAUAAUAUCAGCCGUUUAUUGAUAGCCAUUGUCUGUACUGGCGUUACAUUAGUUGAUUGUAUACUAUGUUUGUGUCGGAGAUAUCAAUGGGACGACAACCCGACCACCGCUCAUAUAUUGGCAACAAUUAUACAAUUUAUUACAAGACUAGCUCUUUGUAUAGUUUUCUACUGUCACCGCAAAUAUGGUAUUAACAGCAGUGGUUGUGUUUGGCUAUACCUAUUGUUGGACACUGUUUUCGGUGCCCUAUCAGUGGCCACAUAUGCCACACAACAAGACAUCCGUCGAAACUAUGAAUUCAUAUUAUAUUGUAUUGAGUUUUCAUUGACAGUUGUUUUACUAGUAUUUUGUUUAUUUGCCGACCGAUUACUGACACUAAAUAUUGAUCACAAGAUAACUGAUAAUAACAAUAUAUGUCCCGAAAACAGGGCCUCAUUUGCAUCGAAACUGACAUUUCAUUGGUUAAACAAAACACUUACUCAACAAACAAUAGGACAGCGAAUCCGGUCGUGUCUGACAUCAGCCGUAUAUCGCAAGUCAUUAGUUGUCGACAAUAAUGAUAAUAACGGCAACAAUGAUAGUCAGGUCACUAACGGCGAAAUUAUUAGCCUAAUGGCCAUCGAUUGUAGUCGUUUUGCCGAUGAUCUACCAUUAGUAAUAUAUGCAUUUAUGGCACCCAUACAAAUAGCAGUCAUACUAUACCAGUUUUACGUUGAUCUCGGUUUGUCAUCGUUGUCCGGUUUGGUUAUCAUUGUCCUACUGUUCCUGAUGUGUGCCAUUGUAUCGAAAUAUGCCAAACAUUUUAUUGGCAAACAAAUGUCAAUCAAAGAUCAACGACUAAACAUUACUAACGAUAUAUUGAAUGGCAUGAAAGUUACAAAAUUAUACGCCUGGGAGGAGGCGUUUCACAAAAUAAUAGUCAACUUACGUAUCAACGAAAUCAAACAAUUGCGUUGGUCUACACUGUUGAACGUAUCGUAUUUUGUAACGGCCUCGUGUGCACCCUAUUGGAUAAUAUUUUUUACAUUCAUGGUCUACCUAUUGACCAACGUUGAUGCCAAUCAAUUGAAUGCCCAAAAAUUGUUUGUACCCCUAGCCCUGGCCCAAUUUCUCCGGGGUGUACUGGUUAUGUUUCCCCAAGGAGUCAACUCAUUCAUAUGGAUUAUGAUUGCAAUCAAGCGUUUAGAAAAAUAUCUGAAUCUCAACGAUAAAUGUGAAUAUAUUAAACAAAAUGAUGGUAACAGUGAUGCUGAUCAUCAAUGUAUGGUUAGUGUAACAAACGGUCGGUUUACUUGGGAAACAACACCAUCAUCAUCAUCACCAGCACUAGUAGCUAAAAAUAUUGAACCAAUAACUAACAGUGCUACAUUUAGUUUGAAUAAUAUUAAUUUGAAAAUACAUGAAAAACAAUUUGUGGCAGUAGUCGGCAGUGUUGGCUCCGGUAAGUCAUCACUGCUGGCGGCACUGUUUGGCGAAAUGAAACUACAAUCAGGAACGGUUAGCUACGGUAGAGGAAAGGGUAGCAACAAAAUAGCUUACGUUCCCCAACAGGCAUGGAUACAGAAUGCAUCGCUCAAAGACAAUAUAUUGUUUGGCAAACCAUUGGAUACCGGUCUCUAUAAAAGAGUAGUCCGCGGCUGUGCACUGGAACAGGAUCUCAGACAACUGUCCGCUGGAGAUCAGACAGAGAUCGGCGAAAAAGGUAUUAAUUUGAGCGGCGGUCAGAAACAGAGAGUCAGUUUGGCCAGAGCUGUGUAUUCCGAUGCCGACCUAUACCUAUUGGACGACCCAUUAAGCGCCGUGGACAGUCAUGUGGGCAAACAUCUAAUGCAAGAAGUAUUAGAUUCAAGGACUGGUAUAUUGAAAAAUAAAACCCGAAUUCUGGUAACAAAUCAACUCUUUGUGUUACCAAAUGUUGAUCUGAUUGUUGUCUUAAAUGACGGCAAUAUUACAGCAAUCGGUUCAUAUGAUUAUCUAAUGAAUGAAAACAAAGAGUUUUACGAUUUAGUCAAACAAUAUUCAGUUAACAAUGAAAAUAAUGAUAAUGUUUAUCUAAAAUACGCCAAACAAAUGUCGAUAAUGUUGUCGACGCUGACGAUUGUAUUUUUAAUCAUCUCAGCUGCCGUUACCAUUGGCAUCAACUUUUGGCUUAAGACAUGGAGUCAACAACAACAACAUAGUACUACCGGUGUUCACCACACAAACGGAUAUUAUCUGGCAAUUUUGGCCGCACUGACCAGCGGUCAGAUAUUGACACUGUUUGUCGGUCGGUUUGCACUGGUUUUCGGUUCGCUGUUGGCGUCGACCCGAAUGCACGAUAGGCUGUUGUGGUCUGUCAUGCGAUCGCCGAUGAAAUUCUUCGACACCACACCAUUGGGUCGUAUAGUCAACCGAUUCAGUAAAGAUAUCGACACUAUAGAUACGGUCACUGCAUUUACUUUGGGUUAUGUUUUAUAUCUAUCAUUGGUAUGCCUAUCGGGUAUAAUUGUCGUAUCAAUUCCUGUACCAUUGUUUAUGAUACCUGUAGUCGUACUUAUAAUUUUGGAGUCAAUAACUCGAUCGCCAAUUAUUGCCUAUUUUAGCGAAACAUUAAACGGUUUGCCAAGUAUUAGAGCUUAUGGAUGUAGUGAUAGAUUUAUUGGGCACAUGGAGUCACUGGUCGAUACUAACCAACGGUGUCAGUAUCCCAGUGUUGUUGUGAACAGUUGGCUACAAAUCCGGUUGGACUGUUUGUCCAGUGCACUGAUAUUUUUUGUCGCACUAUUGAUAAUAUUGAAACGUCAGUCGCUAACCGGCGGCGACACCGGUAUGGCGCUGUCCAACGUAACCAACCUGUCCUAUAAUCUCGGCCUAAUUGUCCGAAUGUUUACACAAUUUGAGAACAGUAUGGUUUCGUUUGAACGGAUCGACGAGUAUUGUCGGCUGGAAUCGGAAGCCGACUUGACUUCUGGUCAACAAUUACCUGAUAACUGGCCAACCAAUGGAUGCGUUGAGUUUAGACAGUAUAGUACCCGAUAUAGAGAGGGAUUGGAUUUAGUGUUAAAUCAAAUUGAUUUGAACAUCAAAUCGGGUGAAAAGAUCGGAAUUGUUGGCCGAACCGGUGCGGGAAAGUCGUCGCUAACGUUAGCAUUGUUUCGACUGAUUGAAUCGGUUUCGGGUAAGAUAGUCAUCGAUGGGAUCGAUAUCAGUCAACUGGGUCUUCAACAACUGAGAUCAAGGUUGACAAUCCUACCGCAAGACCCGGUACUCUAUACGGGAACUAUUCGUUCAAAUCUGGAUCCGUUUGACAAGUGUUCCGACGAUGACUUGUGGUCAGUGUUAGAGCACUCGCAUCUCAAGUCGUUUGUCAAGUCAUCCGAUGCGGGACUUGACUAUCGUGUGACUGAAGGCGGAGACAAUUUGAGUGUCGGUCAGCGACAACUUAUAUGUCUGGCCCGAACUUUGCUACGCAAUACACGUGUGCUUAUCCUCGAUGAGGCCACGGCUGCUGUAGACGUGGAGACCGAUGCACUUAUACAGCAAACAAUUAGACAACAUUUCAAGUCGUGUACUGUACUAACAAUAGCUCACAGACUCAACACAAUUAUGGAUUCAGACCGUGUGUUAGUGUUGAAUGAGGGACGGGUAGCUGAGUUUGAUUCGCCUAAUAAUUUGCUAAAUAAUGAGACAACUAUUUUCUAUUCCCUGGCCAAAGAUGCGGCAAUUAUUUAA